AUCACGAGGACAUCAGGAAUAUGGGCAAACUCAUUGAUUUGUUAUAUGGACGUGGCGCUAUGAAGUAUGAGACCAAUGAAUCAUUCCAGCUUUUAUUUCAAUGUUGGUCACUUGUUGGUGUUAAGCCGUUAAAACCGUAUCGAUUUGGUCGUUUGCUGCACAUCGGCGUCUGCUGGUUUUUACUUCUCCUGUGUCCGCUUACCUUCUCCAUGGGUUACCUGCAGACUUUAAAAACUGAGCCUAUAACGCUCCAACUAAGCCUUUUGCAAACAGCAUUCAAUGCCAUAGGCGUGCCCGUCAAGACCAUUGCCAUUGUAAUAAUGAGAACGCAUUUUCGCAAAGUCGAACAGAUCUUUGUUCGUUUGGACGAACGCUACCAGAGCGUCUCCAGUCGUCAGCAGAUAAUAAAAUGUGUUGUUCUCAGCACACGUAUAUUCACCACCGUCGGAUUUGUAUUUCAUUUUUAUGGCAGCAUCACAUAUCUUCAAGCGUUUUUCACAAAUAGUUAUCCACUGCAUACAUGGUUGCCAUUCAUCGAUUCUAUAUCUCAGCCAACCAUAAGAUAUUGGACGCAUUUUAUUUUCGAAGUUUUUCACAUAGUCUUCAUACUGACAGUGCAAAUCACAUUGGAUUCAUUCCCGGCAAUUUAUAUACGAAACUUACGCACACACUUAAUUCUGUUGACGGAACGCGUUAGUCAUUUGGGCGAGAAUCCAGAAUUUACUGAAAAAAAGAACUAUGACGAAUUGGUGGAUUGUAUUGUUACCCAUCAGCAAUUGUUAGAGGCAAAAAAUAUCAUAGGAUCCGUCUGCUCGAUAACAAUAUUUAUUCAAUUCAUUGUGGUUGCCAUAGCUCUCUGCAUUUCUUUGCUAAAUUUUUUCGUAUUUGCCGAUUCGGUUCAACAAGCGGUCACAUUAAUAUAUUAUUUAGGCGUUAUAUUGCAGAUCAUGCCUACAUGCUAUCAAGCAUCGAUGAUAGAAGACGAUAGCGCCAAGUUGCCUGACGCCAUUUUCCAUUGCAAUUGGUUGGCCAUGGACAAGCACUCCCGCAAGCUCAUCAUCUAUUUCUUGCAUCGUGCGCAAGUGGACAUAACCUUCGUGGCACUCAAACUAUUCAAAAUCAAUCUGACAACUAACUUGUCGAUUGUGAAAUUUGGUUUUACAUUGUACACAUUUAUGAGCAACAUGGGCAUUGGGCAGAAUUUGAAGGAGUUGUUGGAAUAAAUGCGCGACUUUUAAAUUGCGGAGUUUAAAAAGGGAAAUAUAACAAGUUUGAUUUAAUGAAUAGC